AACUUUUUUUUUUUAUUUUUUAAACUUUUUCUUUCAGAAUAAAUAAAAAUGUCUGACCAGAUUAAAGAAUUCAUUGAAAUGCCGAAACAGUUUAUGAAAGAAGGCUCGCAGUUUGUAAAUCGGUGUACGAAGCCUGACAGAAAAGAAUUUAUUAAAAUCUCACAGGCUGUUGCUAUGGGAUUUUUCGUCAUGGGAUUCAUUGGUUUCUUUGUUAAGUUAAUUCAUAUUCCAAUUAACAACAUCCUUGUCGGUGGUGCUUAAGCAUCUAGGCGUAUUUUUAUAUCAGAGAUUAAUAGAAAACAAUAGAUUAUUCAGUUUUUUUGCAUAUUUAAAUUUAUAAUUUUUUUUUUGUUUUUUUUUGGGUGAAGAAUCAGAUAGCCAGUUCUUUAUAUACAUUAACUACUAUAUAUUUUAAUACAAAUUAAUUUUAUUACAACAUUAUUUUUAAAAAACGGACUUUUUUUUAAAAAAAAAUGACAUUCUUAAAGAAUGCAAUAAAAAAAUCCUUUCGAUGACUAUCUCUUA